GAUUCAUUAAUACAUUUUGCAGCGACCAGCUGAUAGGCGUUGUCGAAUCUUCUCCGGUAUUCACAACUUAAAUAAUCGCUUAAGUUUUAUUAGGCACGAAUUCUUGAACGGUCUUUAACAAAUAAAGUGAGCAACAAUGGCUUUAAGCGAUGCGGAUGUCCAGAAACAGAUUAAGCAUAUGAUGGCUUUCAUUGAGCAAGAAGCCAACGAAAAGGCCGAAGAGAUUGAUGCGAAAGCCGAAGAGGAAUUUAACAUCGAGAAGGGUCGGCUCGUUCAGCAGCAGCGCCUUAAGAUCAUGGAGUACUACGAGAAGAAGGAGAAGCAAGUUGAAUUGCAGAAGAAAAUUCAAUCGUCGAAUAUGUUAAAUCAGGCCAGGCUAAAGGUGUUGAAAGUUCGCGAGGACCAUGUUAGGAACGUUUUAGAUGAGGCUCAUAAACGUUUAGGAGAAGUGACACACAACAGUUCUCGAUACACGGAAGUACUAACAACCUUGAUUCUUCAAGCAUUAUACCAGCUUUUCGAAACGAAUGUAGUCUUAAGAGUACGCUCUCAAGAUCAGGGAAUUGUUGAAGCUUUAAUACCGAAUGUUGCUUCUAAGUACAAGGAGGCUGUUGGAAAAGACAUUCAUUUGAAGGUUGACACUGAAAACUAUUUAUCCUCCGAUACAACAGGAGGCGUCGAGCUUUUAGCUCAACAAGGAAAGAUCAAAAUAAAUAACACUCUGGAAGCUCGUUUGGAACUAAUCUCUGCCCAGUUGGUACCACAGAUACGUACCGCUUUGUUCGGACGAAAUGUCAACCGUAAAUUCACAGAUUAAACUAAUUUGUGUUUAAUUGUUAAUUCAUUUUUCAAUGUUUAUAUCUAGUAGCAUUCCACAAAAUUGUUCAAGCUUGUAAAUAGUAUUAUUUGCUUCAGUUUAUUGGUAGAGUAUAGUAGAAUGUUUUGAGAUAGUGUUGUCCUUUAGGUAUAUGUAAAUAAAUUGUCAACACUAUUAAUUUAUGUUGGUUGAUGAUGUUUAUCAGUGUUACAAAAUUAAAUUAAUGUUAACUUUUCUGUUGUAAGUUUUAUAGCGUAAGUAAAGGGCCAGUCUAAUAUUUCAUAUUUCAGUUAUACUUAUAUGAUAAGUAACCACCUAUCUGAAUACAUUUGUUACCAUGAAAGAUAACUGCCAGAUAAGUUUAACGGUAAGAUGAUCCUAAGUCUGUUUUUCAUCUUACAGUUACACUUAUCUCGCAUGCCUAUUCACAUUGAAGGUAUCUAUCAGAUAAAUUUAACAGAACAGUGGACAACUGGCCCUUAGUAGAAGAUAGUGCUUUAACAUUAGAUAAAGUAAAGACAAUGGAAUGCACAAUCUAAUAUUUGGUAUUAGCAGUUAUUUGUAAAAUUUACUACAGAAUUAUGGAAUACUAGGCCCUCCACAAAUGAUCUGAGGUACAAUGAAAGUGUUGUAAUUUAUCAUCAUAAAACUUCAAAUGUGGAUAAAAUAUGAAUCAAAUCAGGAUGUAAAUCAUAGUUUUGUCAUGGCAAUAAUUUAGGAAAAAACCUACUACUUCUUGAUUAAAUCAAUCAAAAAUUAUUAACUACUUUAUAGCUUCUAUUCUGUAUGUGUAUAAGUGAUGCAGAGAAAUAAACCACCUCUUGUAAGUUUC